AUGCAAAAGGCGCUCAAAGGCCUUCCGCCUAAGAUUCGCGUGCUCUUCACCACCGACAGCAGCUGGCUAGAGCUCAAUCUUGGGCAGAAGCUGGACAUUGAAAUCAAGCCUCAAUGUGAAGAUAUUGAGGCCUACGUGCGACAUAGGAUUGACAAUGCCCCUGAACGAAAACCGCAUCUCAAGGAGGCGGAGGAAGAUGUUGUUGAGACGGUGACCAGUAUUGCUUGCAAGAGCAAAAUAUUUCUCUUGGCCGAACUACACAUGAAUCUCCUCAGCAAGCAGUCCACUCGCGCAGAGAUAAGCGAAGCUCUGCGCCAGCUUCCAAAUCAUACCGAGGAGGUAUUCGAGCCUUCUGUUCAACGAUUACUGAUUCUCGAGAAUAAGAGAGACGAGAAGUCGAGGCUCACAUGGAGGUGGGCGAAGCACGUUCUGACUUGGCUGGUUCACGGGAGGCCAGGCCUUACUGCCGACCAAAUUCGAGACGGCUUCGCCAUCUCGCAAAGCCAAGGUGGGGAUUACAAGUCGUAUCGACCCAGUAUUGACGAUCUGGUCUCUUCAUGCGAUGGCUUGGUUGCCAAAAAGUCCGAUGAGCAAUCGCGUAUUCUUUGUCUUGUCCAUGAUUCAGUGAAGGACUUGCUUUUCGAAAGAAAAGUUUUACUACCAAAACCAACAGGAGACAUGGCUUCCAUUUGCCUCAAGUUCUUUUGCAUCCCGACAUCCGAUGCGCAUGAAGAACAGCCGCCACUACUCGAGUAUGCUGCUCGUUAUUGGGGGCAUCAUCUUGACCUCACCCCCCGCGAAGAUAUAGGCAAGGUUGAAGCCGAUGCAAUGAAGUUCCUGCAAAACUCCGCCAGUCUUGAACGCUCGUUUUUUUCCCUUCAUCCUACCAAGAAGAAAUCAUUUGAAGGCAUAUCCGGUCUGCAUGCAUUAGUCUACUUCAACCUCCCUUAUUGGGCGAAGCGUCUCAUCUCGGAAUCGGGAGUCGACGUAAACAUGGAAAGCUCAAAUGGCCAGACUCCUCUCCACUGGGCGGUUAGAUAUGGUCACCUUCAGCUCGUUCAGGUCCUCUUGCGGAACUCGGCAAACCCGAAUAAAUACGAUAACAAACAGCAAACUCCGCUCCAUGAAGCUCUGAUCAAGCCAGUAGCCAACGAGGACGCGAAUAUCGCCAGAGAACUGGUCAAAUACGGAGCUAGAUCGGAGCUAAAGAACUCUCGAGGUUACUCUGCGAUGACUUUUGCGAUCAAGUAUGGGCCCACUUCAAUCGCAAAGAUUUUGAUCGAAAGUCAAAAGGACUUGGACGCCGAAGCCUUCGACGGCUACAGCAUGUUGAGACAGGUCUACUGUCACGGUCGAGAGAUGCUAGAAAAACGCAACACCGAAGAUAGCAACACGGACGGAUCCAAACCACUCAAACGAGCCGUCGAGAGACAUGCUCAGCAGUUGAUAGAUCUAUUAUUGGACAGAGGCGCGAGCCUGAACCAGCCCUCUAGGGAUGAAUGGACUCCUCUGAAACAUGCAAUCCUACACAUGUAUAACGAUCCAUCGAAGAUUGAGAAGCUACUGAAGAGAGACCCCCGUCCGUCAGACCCCAACCUAGGGGCUGGGGGAGAAACACCACUUCGACUAGCAAUCACCACAAAUAGGCCAUCAAUAGUGAAACUCCUCAUCGAUCAUGGGGCUGAUCAGAACUUGGUCGUUGACGACAACGGAUCAACACCUUUGAUUUAUGCAAUAAUCAAGGAGCAUAGAGACGUGGUUUGGGUUCUCCUUGAAGCAGGAGCAUCUGUGGAUACCAAAGACAAUCAAGGACGCACCGCCCUUGUUCACGCAGUCAUGAAGAACGACGAAAGCAUUGCAUGGUUGCUCAUUUCCAAGGGGGCUUCGAUAGAAUACCCCGUUCACGACUAUCCGAACCUGUUUUGCUGGUGUCUUGCACAUGGAAAGCUAUCCCUGGCAAUGCUUGUUUCCCAACAAGCAAAUGUCACGGAUGCUCCUGAUGCCAAAAGAGAGAGGCCCCUACACUGGGCCGCGAAAAGCGGCCUCCUUGAAGCAGUGAGAUUUUUACUUCGAUAUGGUGUCAUGAUAGAUGCCAAAGACUCCGAAGAGAGAACGCCACUUAUUCUCGCUACUCUCAUGGAAGAAAUGCGCAUCGUGGACGCGUUGCUCAAAUGCGGCGCAGCAGUGGACGCUCAUGAUAAGGCAGGCGUAACUGCGCUUCACCACGCUGCUAGAUUAGGAUUCCACGAUAUUGUGCAAUUGCUUCUGGACUGGGGCUGCGACAGGAAUCUGGCAGAUUUCCAUGGGUUCAAUGCACUCCAUCAUGCAGUUAACAGUGAUGAUGCCGACACAGAAAUUGUGCGUCUUCUAGCCCAAGGUGGGCUCAAAAGAGAGGACAAGGCUCGCCAGCUGCAACGGGGAGCAGCGAAUAUGGGUAUAUCAAGAAGCAAGAGAUGA